AGAAACAGUUAUUUCAAAAUGUACGACCCAGAGGCAAACAAAUAUGGCGGGGCCGACUAUAGCCAAUUCGAUAACACAAUGGCUUUCAGCGACUCCUCCAUUCGCGCUGGCUUCAUUCGAAAGGUCUAUGCUAUUCUACUUGGCCAACUUGUCAUAACAAUGGCAUUCAUCUGUUUCUUCCUGUAUUGUGAGCCUGUACAGGAAUAUGCAAGGAAUCAUGUAGGAUUAUUUUAUGGAGCUUUGGCUGUCACAUUUGUCACAAUGAUUGCUAUGGCUUGUUGUGAGAGUGUAAGGCGGCAGUUCCCAACUAACAUGAUCUUUCUUGUAAUUUUUACAAUCUGUGAAGGAUAUCUUCUUGGUGCUGUAUCAAGUGUUUAUAAUAAAGAUGAGGUACUGAUGGCUGUUGGAAUAACUGCAGUUGUCGUUCUGGCAAUUACCAUUUUUGCAUUCCAGACUAAGUAUGACUUCACCAUGAUGGGCGGAUUUCUGUUCGUGGCUUUGAUUAUUCUCAUCUGCUUUGGCUUUUUGAUGAUCUUUUUUCACAGCAGGGUUCUUUCAGUUGUCUAUGCUUCGCUUGGAGCUCUCAUAUUUGCCAUGUACCUUGUGUAUGAUACACAGAUCAUGAUGGGUGGAGGCAAAAUGUACUCCAUCUCACCAGAAGAGUACAUAUUUGCUGCACUGAACUUGUACUUGGAUAUCGUCAACUUGUUCUUGUACAUCCUUCAAAUUAUCUCAGCAGCAAGAGGGGAUUAAAGAGCCAGCUACAAUGUGAGCACAGUUGGGAUCUGCGUCCACAGGAUCAACAUCAAAAUUCUUAAAUCUGUUUUAUUCCAUUUUCAGCAAUUUUUGUUUUGAUGGUUUGGUUCUUGGUCAUUUUCAUCUGCCUUUAGGAUUAGGUUUGUUUUAGUUGGAAGUACUAUGGUUUGAAAGCGUAGUAGUUAAACAAGUUUCCUUUGUAUCUGUUAUGUGGGUGGGUAUCCCUUACCCUCAGGCCCCCUUUAGCUUUGCCCUCGACUAAGACGUUAUUGGUUACCUCCCUUUUCGGCUCAAUGGAGUUUUGUUGGAACCAUAUGUUGUAUUAUGUGUAAAUUUCGAUUGAGAUUGUUAGAAAUUGCAUUUUUAACCAAAACUCAGCAACUUACUGGUAUGAGUUUAAAGUGCAGUUCUCGACAAGAGUAACUGAAAGAACUUAGAGAAUAUAGAGCAUAAGAUUUUUUAAAAUAUAUGGCACUCGUUGAUUAGGAGAAAUUAAUUAGUUUUGAGUUUUGGCUUCCUAAGAAUGCUUCACUUUAAAAAUGUUUUGUAUUUGCAAGUUGCUAUGUAAGAGCAUUAUGUCUAGAGUAAUAGUUGUAUUAUAGGAAGGUAGAGAGUUCGUUCUUGUUGCCUGGCAAGUGAUUGUCAGAGACAAAGUUUGAAAUUAAAAAUUUAAAGGAAAGUCCUCUA